UGGUGUACUUAAAUGUGUGCAACAGGCCUGUCGGAUCUUUUUCUCAAAGAGACAGUCAACCUUUGGAUUGCCCGCAGCUAGUUUUGGACAAUCAUCACACAAGUCUCGCUACCAGCCUCCUUAGCAGUAAGGAUGGGAGUGAUGUGGACCGGUGCUCUCACUCACCUCGUCCUUCUCUUGAGCUUCAGGGCAGAAGCUGUGAUAGUGGAGUCGAAUCCUGCGGUGGACAAUGGGGGCUUUAUUCAGACCAGGCUGGACCAGAUCGUGUCCCUGUCCUGCUCGGCGGCCUCUGCAGGCGGGGAGGGCGAGUUGCAGUGGUUCCGUAACGGGAUGCUGGUGGAUCUGAAGGAGGGGAACUACAUCAGCCAGAGCCUCCUAUGUGUCAGCCCCGUGACCCGGGAGGACAAUGGUGCCAUCUUCCGGUGCCAGCUGAAGAACAAUGCAGCCCUCAACGGCUCUGUGCAGCUGGAGGUGACCUAUGCCCCUGACCUCUCAGGCAAAGAGGAGCUGUCCGUUGAGGAGAAGAGUACACUGACCCUCUCCUGUGACUCUCGCGCCAACCCCCCUGUGACCAUGGUUUGGAGCCGUGAUGGCCAGGUGCUCGACCUGUCCGAGGGGCACUUCACUGCCACCAACGACGGAGUUACAGCACGCCUCAGUGUGCACAGCGUAAAGCGAGAGCUCCACCAGGGCGAGUACACUUGCACGGCCACCUCACCUGUGGAGCCCAAGAAAACCAAGAACUUCCAGGUCACUGUAACCGAUAAGACCAUAAAGUUUCCCCGGGACCCAAUGAUUGCUGGAAUAGUUGUGAUUGCCUGCACUGUCGUUCUCGCAGUGCUUGCCCGAUGGGAAAAGAUUGUCAAGUGCUGCAAGUGAGUGGGAGUUGGCCAGGAUCAGCAGGAAUGAAAAA